AUGUUUGCGAGGAGGUUCAUGGGUCGAAGGAUGAAUUGUUUGAUGAUGGCAGAAUUGGGAGAGAAGAAAAGAAAGCUUAACAUGGAGCAAGUCAAGACACUUGAGAAGAGUUUCGAGUCAAGCAACAAGCUUGAGCCCGAGAGGAAAGUGAAGCUGUCUCAAGCCCACAUGCUUCAACCAAGACAGAUUGCCAUAUGGUUUCACAACAAUAGGGCUAGGUGGAUCAAGAGAUCAUCUAUUUCUUUUUUGGGUAUUGAUAAUGUUUGCGAGGAGGUUCAUGGGUCGAAGGAUGAUUGUUUGAUGAUGGCAGAAUUGGGAGAGAAGAAAAGAAAGCUUAACAUGGAGCAAGUCAAGACACUUGAGAAGAGCUUUGAGUCAAGCAACAGGCUUGAGCCCGAGAGGAAAGUGAAGCUGUCUCAAGCCCACAUGCUUCAACCAAGACAGAUUGCCAUAUGGUUUCAAAACAAUAGGGCUAGGUGUAAAAUAAAACAAUUGGAGAAAGACUAUCAAUUUCUUAAAAGACAAUUUGAAGUUGUGAAAGCAGAAAUGACACUUUUCAAGUACAGAACCGGAAACUCCAGACCAAGGUAA